GAAGAAGAUCCGUAUACACACUUGUACGCUUUGAAAGUUUUUAGACACUUCGGUGCAACAAUCAAAAUAAAGAAAUUAAGCAUUUCUUGUUAUUACCAUAUUACAUUCCCAGCUGGAAAUGUAUCUACAAAUUGCGCCCCACCAAAACCGCAACCUGCGGGAAUUGGCUCAACAAGGACCGCCACAAGAUGAAGUCUUGGUGUACGUGCUGUUUGUCAACACAACGAAUCGCACUGUCGAUUUGUAUUGGGUGCGUGAGCGCGAAACCGAAAAUAUUCAAUACACCUUAAAGCCGUUUGAAGAGGUACGCGUAAAUACAUUUAAUACGCAUACCUGGUUUUUCCGUGACUACUAUACAGGCGAGCGGAUGCAUGUUCGCUCCCAGCGUAUCUUUUGCCCUGUGCGCAUACGCAUGCCAAGAGAUCCACAGCGUCCCGAGGAACUAUGCGAUGUUCGCAGUCAGGUGUUGAUACAUUUCCCUUUGCGAACCCUUAAGGAAAACUGCUUGUGGUUGAUCGUUAAAUGGCUAAAGCGUACGUGCAACGCACCGCGAGACUACAUCAACAAUUACAUGAUACCGGCAACGUUGAAGCAACAGUUGCUCACAAUUCUGGCCACCAUCGAGGUUUACUGCAGCCAGGCGCAAGCAGCCCGAAUUCGAAGGUGAAGAAGAACAUCUAGACAAAGGCCAGUUGAACAUUUCCGCUACUGAUGCUGAUCGAAUCGGCUUGAAUCCUAAAUGUAUAUUAUGUAUUAAUCCGUAGUUCUUAAGACAGAAAGCAGCGACUAUUACGAUUGAAGAGUGAUAAGAUAAGUGCUAUAUUGUAUUGUAUUGUACACUAUAUUGCGGAAAGAAAAGCCAAGCUUGAUUUCCAAAUAAUUUAAUAAGAUUUUGAUUCGAUUUUUAUAUUCAUUUUGUUUUUACUUAUGUACAAAUUGGCUGCAUAUAUGCGUUUAUGUUUCUUUUUUUUACUACAAUUGCAUUGUUUUGUGUAAUUUAUCAUAUAACAGAAUACUUAGAAUUAUGUUUAUAUGUAUAUGAAUCUAAUUAAACAACUCGGAUGACGCCGAAGCGCUUAUUAUAUACCUUUGUAUGCAACGCGCGUCCGUCGUCGUCCAUUUGAUGCUUUUUGUCAAAACUUUUCAAA